AGUAAUAACCUGGGGGCCUUUGAACUCUUUCAUCUACUGAUUUAGGAUCUUUCCCAUAAUUUCACUCACCAAACAGUGAGCCUUUUGGUCAAAAUGGGGCAGGACCUUUUGGUCAAAAGGAGUAGAAACCCAACUCUUAGCUUUGGCAAAGGGACCUAUUAGAAGGCUGCCAACUUAGCUCUCAGAGCUGAAGGCACUGCCAAGGAGCCAGACAGCUCUGGGAGCCUCCGGGACUAGGCAUGGGGAUCGAAGAUACCAGGAUGCUGUCUGGGUCUAUCUUUCGUUUCUGCUACUCUCCCCCAGGCUUGAUUCCCUCCUGCCACAAACAGACCUUGUAAGUGUGGAGAGAAAUGACUUCCAGCAGCAGGAGAUCCAGAUCCUUCAAGGACACAUGUCCUUCUGUCUCCCUCCACUUGGACAAAUCUCAAGAAGGACUCUGAUUGGCUUAUAUCAGAUAGCCACCCCCAAACAAGUUGCCCUGACCAACAGGAUACCCCUGUUGGCCAGAAUCUAUUAUCAGAAGCCAGUGGAGCAGCCCCAAACACCAGCUACCUCGCCUAAAGCAGACCUACCACUGGGCUAGGAAUUGGAAACAAAACUGAGGAGGAGACAGCCCCUACACCUCGAGCAGCUCACAGUCUAGUGUGGGUGUGGUGAGAGGGUGGGCAGUCAGGUCACUGGAGUGAUGCAGGUACUGGAAAGAUGGGGUCUGACAAUGGGAGGGGUUGUUUUGUGACAUCAGGGAUAAAGAAGCACCUCGCCUUCAGAGAGGAAGUGGUGCUUGAGCUCAGACUCAGAAGACCAGUGAUUGUCCCUUUCUCUGGCUGAGAUGGUGGGAAAAGCAUUUCAGAGGGAACAAUUUGAGCAAGGGCUUGGCAGCAUGAACUGGGCUGCAAUGUCCCAGAUGCAAAGAGGAGCUUAUUUCCAACAAGGUGUCCAGCCACGGAGGGCCUCACACACCAAGGUGAGGAGGCUGGAUUUUACUGUAAGCAGUGAUGAGCCUCUAGAGGGCUUACAAGGAGCCUGCCACAGCGGCUGUGUUAAGGCUGGAUGUGAGAGAACCAGACUGGAUGCCAGAGACUACAUGCCCAACAGCUGAUGCUGUGAUCCAGACAGACACUGAGGCCCUGAGCUAAGGCGGCAGCAGGAAAGGAGAGGCUGCCUGGGUGGGAGGCAGAACUGAAUCAGUAACUAGAUGGUGGGGUGGGGUGGGAGGGCUGAAAGAGAGGUGACUCCCUGGCUUCUGGUGCCGGCAUCUGGAUGGAUUGAGUUUGAGGGACCUAGGCAGCAUCCCAGUGGACUUGAGUCUGGAAUGCAGAUGUAGGAGAGUCUGGCAUUACUCACACCACCACCCCGCAGCCUCACCAUCCUGCUAAACAGUACCCUCUGCUUCUCUGGGACGUCACAGUUAGGAAACCCCACCUGGAAGAGGUGAAAGCUAGAGUCCAUCAGCAGGAAUGAGUGGACGACCAGGGCAGAAUUCUGAGGGACCUUGGCACGUGGGGGAUGGGCAGAGGGAGAGAAGUCUGUGGUGAAGACUUUUGGAAAAAGAAUGGUCGGAAAGUAGGAGGAGAGCCAAGAGAGUAGCACACCAAAGGGUGGCCCCCAAGGGCAGGGGUCAGAACGUGGCCUGCCGAGGGAGGAGCCACACUGCAUAUCCUCCUCAUAACAGUGAUAGCGGGGCAGCAAGGAGUUCGUUUUGCUCGUUAUCCUUUUAAAUACACUGUGUUUUCUAUUUUGUUAGUUUUAAAAGUAGAUUUUUAAAAAACACUUAGAACUAAGUGUUUUUUAGAACACUCCUUAGAAGAAUCUUCUGUGUCUGGUAAUAAUUUGCCUGCCAAAAUAUUUUUGCGAUAUCCAUUUUUUAAAAAUCAAGAGAUGAUUAAAUGAAAAUUAUCCACUCUGAUCUUACGCAGUUAAUUUUUUCAGCAUUUGCCUGCCUUGUGGUAUGGAUGAUCCUGUAAACGCUGAAGGUGGCAGGGGCUCAUUUUUAUACCAGCCAUGCACACGGCAGCCAUGUGAUUUGGAGCGAGGCCCUGCCCCUUCCUUCUGAGAAGUUGAUUCAGGGCCCUGGAACAUGCCCCGAUGGGUCCUGCUGUGUCAUGCCCAGAGGCGGGCUGCAGGCACGAAACAGCAGCAAGAGCAAUUAGGACCAGAUGGCAGGAAGAACUCCAGGUCCUGAAAGUGAGGUGCUAGGCGGUGGGACUAGAGUGACCUCAUUGCAGAGGCAUCCCGCCUGGCCCCGGGUGGGGUUUCCCAGGUGUGGCUCCCCAGGAGAAGAAGGAGAAGGGACUGAGCCAGGAUGCUGGGGCUGGAUGGUGCUGUGAGGAAUGACUAAAGAGCCAACUCCAGGGCAAUGCAUACCAGCAACCUGGGGCUCCCCCUGCCAAGCCUGGUCCUGCUCCCUGGGUGUGGCCCAUGGGUGUCCAGGGACAUAUCUGGGACCAAGGGAAAUUAUAGAAUGUUUUAGGCCAAAACCAAGCAGGAGUUGGUCUAGUCUGUUGCCUCUGACCUUCCUCCAUUGUCUCUGUCGUGCUGUCUAUGAGCCCUCAACACCACCCUGCCUCCUUGCCCUUCACAUCGAUCCUGGAAAUAGGGAAGGACCUCAGAAACACUGCACUCAUCCAAAGAUACCAUCUCAGAUCCCUACCUGUAUCAAGGACCUGCCAGUCUGAGAAGUUUCUUGUCAUAAGGCCAUCCAGGGGCCACCCGCCCCUACAUUACCAGCCUCCAGCAUGCAGGAUACCGUAACAACAUCAGCAUUGUUGGACCCCAGCCACUCCUCAGUCUCCACCCAGGACAAGUCCUCCACUGGCGGACACACUUCAAGCACAGGCCCACAGCCCUCAAAGCCUUCAAUCACACCAGUCUCUGCAAAGUCCAGGAACCCACAUCCUGGGUCCAAUUUCCAUCGGAUGCGCCGGAUCAUUGCUGAGGAUCCUGAGUGGUCACUGGCCAUCGUGCCCCUCCUCACAGAGCUCUGCAUUCAGCAUAUCAUCAGGAACUUCCAGAAUAACCCUAUCCUGAAGCAGAUGCUCCCGGAACACCAGCAGAAGGUCCUGAACCACCUGUCCCCUGACCUACCACUGGCUGUGACCGCCAACCUGAUAGACAAUGAGAACUACUGGCUCCGCUGCUGCAUGCAGCGCUGGCCCGUGUGCCACGUGGCCCACCAUGGCGGCAGCUGGAAACGCAUGUUCUUCGAGCGGCACCUGGAGAACCUGCUAAAGCACUUUAUCCCAGGCACCACGGACCCCGCGGUGAUCCUCGACCUGCUGCCUCUCUGCAGGAAUUAUGUGCGCAGGGUCCACGUCGAUCAGUUCCUUCCGCCGGUGCAGCUCCCGGCCCAGCUCCGGCCAGGCGACCAGUCGGACUCAGGCAGCGAGGGAGAGAUGGAGGAGCCCACCGUUGACCACUAUCAACUGGGCGAUCUGGUAGCUGGCCUGAGCCACCUGGAGGAGCUGGACCUGGUGUACGAUGUCAAGGACUGCGGCAUGAAUUUCGAGUGGAAUCUCUUCCUCUUCACCUACCGCGACUGCCACUCCUUGGCAGCCGCCAUCAAGGCGUGCCACACCCUCAAGAUCUUCAAGCUGACCCGAAGCAAGGUGGAUGAUGACAAAGCACGCAUCAUAAUUCGAAGUCUUCUGGACCACCCAGUCCUUGAGGAGCUGGACUUGUCACACAACCUCAUUGGGGACCGUGGUGCACGAGGUGCUGCCAAGCUGCUGAGCCACAGCCGCCUGCGUGUGCUCAACCUGGCCAACAACCAGGUGCGUGCGCCUGGUGCCCAGUCGCUGGCUCAUGCUCUGGCACACAACACCAACCUCAUUUCCCUCAACCUACGUCUCAACUGCAUCGAGGAUGAGGGUGGCCAGGCUCUUGCCCAUGCCUUGCAGACCAACAAGUGCCUCACCACACUGCACCUCGGUGGCAAUGAGCUGUCUGAACCCACCGCCACACUCCUGUCGCAGGUGCUCGCCAUCAACACCACACUCACCAGCAUCAACCUGUCCUGCAACCACAUUGGGCUGGACGGUGGGAAGCAGCUCCUGGAAGGCAUGUCGGACAACAAGACCCUCCUGGAAUUUGACUUGCGCCUGUCAGAUGUGGCCCAGGAAAGCGAGUACCUCAUUGGCCAGGCCCUCUAUGCAAACCGAGAAGCAGCCCGCCAGCGGGCCUUGAAUCCCAGCCACUUCAUGUCAACCAUCACUGCCAAUGGCCCUCAGAACUCUGUGGGAUAAAAUGACCUGACUUGGA